ACUUUUCGCAUUUCCGUCACGACCGCCACUGUAUCAAGAGGAAAAAUCCCCCCUCCCCAUAUCGAACAGGAAAUUUGUGAUGCUGGAUUUGCUUCCCCAAAUCGGCUUGUGUUGCUAGAAGGCCAAGGGACGCACUUGCGGCCUGAAUUGCAGGCAAUUUGUCAUGCUGUUUCCCACUUCCAGUUGCCUCCUGUCAUGCUGAAGAUGCAAGGCCUUCUUACGCCAGCCAGCACUACAGUCUGCGUCUUUUCCCUUCUAGCAUGACAACAUGAUUUGUGGUCACAAAUCAGCAUCACAAAUUUCCUGUUUGAAUAUGGGGAGGGGGGAUUUUUCCUUUCGAUACACUGCUUCUUUCGGCUUGUACGGAACGACGAGGUGCAGUGGUGAACAGGGGCAGCAUAUCGAAAGGAAAAAUUCCCCCUCCCCAUAUCGGAAACGGGAGAUGCGCGAAUUUGUGAUGCUGUAUUUGAGUACACAAAUCGACUUGUAUUGCUAGAAGGGCAAGAGACGAAGCUGCGGCCUAAAUUGCAGGCAAUCUGUCAUGCUGUUUCCCCAUUCCAGUUGCCUCGUGUCAUCCUGGAGCUGCAAGGCUUUCCCACGCUAGACAGCACUACAGUCCGCAUCUUUUGCCUUCUAGCAUCACAAAGCUGAUUUGUGACCCCAAAUCUGCAUCACAGAUUUCCGUUUUGAUAAUGAUAUGGGGAGGGGGGAUUUUUGUUCUUGAUAACUUCUCCCCAGGCUUCGCACAACACAAGCAAACUUCCGGAGUAUGGAAGUGUCAGGAUUGAAGUCGACAAAGUUGAAAUAACUUGUAAAAAUGCAUGAAAUCGAGACCAGUUGGGCCCGCAGUUUCUAGUCGAUGCAUGACAAAUUUUGUCCGUACAACCGGAAGCCAGUUUGUCAUGCUGUUUAGGGCCAAGGGGCCGCUCCCCUCUGUGAUGCUAAUCACCAGCCCCAUUCUCGACGACCCUUACCAGCACUACAAUCUGCCUCCCUUGCGUCCUCUGCAACAGAGGCAACGUCUGCGUUGCAUUUUAUGCAUGGCAAACUAUUCCAACUUUGACGAUUUUGAUCCUGACACACCCAUACGGAGCUUCCUCAUCCAGAUAGUCCGGCACUUCAGGGUGGUCGUAGCAAUGGCAUAUCAAAUGCAAAAGUGUCUGGGUCUGGAAACCUGUGAUGCAAGGAAGGGAAUACUGAGCACACUGUAAUGCGGGGUCGGUCCCCAGCAUGACAAGUUUUUCCGUGGUUCAGGGUUGCGUACUCCGCAUAAGAAACUGCGUUUUUGCAUGACAGCCAAGAGGAGCUCCUCUUCGCGGCCACUCAGUACAGAGUUCGGACUCGUGCCAGACUAGCAUGACAAAUCUCGCAAUUAUCCCAAUCUCCCAGACCCAGACACAUUUGCAAUUCAUAUGGCACCCAGCACCGCAAUUCACAUGCCACUGCUUCUUUCGGCUUGUACGGCACGACGAGGCGCAGUGGUGAACACGGCCAG